AUGUGUUUGAACAGUGGAUAUCAAUGCAACUGUUUGACCGAUGGCGACCCUUGUGAACCAUGCAGCAUGACGGCCAAAGACAGGGAGACGGAGGAGGCCCACCUGUCCAACAACACCAAUGCACCGGGUGGAGUGGAGAGCGCAUGCGAGCCCGACUCGACCACCCCUUCCACGGGAGUCGGGAAGGAGAAGAGUCAAAACUGGGGAUGGAUGCUGUCCGGGAUCAUUUGCGUCAACAUUUUGAUCCUGGGCUGCGCCUUGGUCAGCGGCAGUGCCGAAAACAAUGUAAAGAUCGGCAGCGCUGACCUGCAGGUCUUCCUCAUCAUCCUCCUCCUCCUCACCACCAUCUGGAUGGUUUAUUAUGUCAUCGACACGGCCAGGACGAAGGAUGCUGUUGAUUACAAGGACGGCCAUGCUGGACCUGUGUGGCUGCGGGGAGGACUCGUGCUAUUUGGAUUGCUCAGCAUCAUCAUGGAUAUUUUCAAGAUAGCCAGCUAUGCAGGCUACCUCCACUGCGAUUCUGCCGUGAAGGUUGCAUUUCCUGUGGUGCAACUUGUCUUCGUACUCGUGCAGACAUACUUUUUGUGGACACACUCCAAGGCCUGUGUGCAGCUACAAAGGAAUAUUACACGCUGUGGGCUGAUGCUCACCCUGUCCACAAAUCUAGUCGUGUGGAUGACUGCGGUCACUGAGGAGUCCCUUCACCAAACAACAUUUCCCGAAUAUCCGAGCAACGUCACUAAAAUCUCAGGACGAAGAAUGUACAUGGAUAGAGCGGGUUAUGGAGACGAAGCAUGUACGUGCAGCCACACUUCAUGCAGCAUCUUCAAGGAGGCCUACUACUACCUGUACCCCUUCAACAUUGAGUACAGUCUCUUUGCCUCAGCCAUGACAUACAUCAUGUGGAAAAAUGUGGGCAGAGUAACAGAAGAACACGAUCACCACAUCAAAUUCCAAAUGAAGGAUGUAUAUUUCGGUCCUGUUGCAGGAUUAAUCUUAGUGGUGUCGGGCCUGGCAACCUUCAUCGUGUAUGAGAUGGAAAUUAUCAAAGGAGAUAGUGAUGAUGACCAGAAAGACAGAGCAAUAAUGAUGCACUUUGUCAUGAAUAUAGUCAUUGUGACCCUGAUGUCCCUCUCUACUGUGAUUGGCUGUGCCAUCUACAAGGUGGACCACAGGGAGCACGUAUUAGAGAAAAACCCAACGCGGAGCCUGGAUGUGGGGCUGCUGGUUGGAGCUUCACUCGGACAAUUUAUCAUCAGCUACUUCAGCAUCGUAGCGAUGGCUGCAACUGGAGCCAAAGGCUACCUGAACGGGCUCAACCUGACCUGGGCUAUACUCAUGGUGAUCCAACUUGGCCUGCAAAACUUUUUCAUCAUCGAAGGGCUACAUCGGGAGCCCUACCACGAGGUGCGCCUCGUCACUGUGGUUGCAAAUCCAUAUGUGCUGCAGCCGGGCAAAGAACUGAGCAUCUAUGAAGGAACCGACAUGGACGCCAAGCCCAGACCGGUGCUCACAGCACACUGCCUGCACGGACACGCGGCCGAGCACAGACCCAAACUGUUGUGGAAGAGACGGGUUUUGAAGGAGGUGUGCGUGUUUCUGCUGUUGGGCAACGUCAUACUGUGGAUCAUGCCGGCAUUCGGCGCUCGACCCCAGUUUGACCACGACACUGAAACGGAAUUCUACAAAUUCAACAUGUGGGCUGCGAUUGUAAAUGUUGGACUUCCCUUUGGCAUUUUUUACCGCAUGCAUUCAGUCGCCAGUCUGUUUGAGGUCUUUCUGACCUCAUAACACUGCAGGAGUUCAGCCAACCUCAGCCAACUGUUUUGACAACAUGAAGUUGUUUUGUAUAAAUUGCAGUUUGUUUUGAUGAUUCUUUGUUCUUACUUUAUAAAUUGUGAAAGUGCAAGUUUGUCAAACAAUGUCUCUCGUGAUAAUCCUGAAUAUGUAAAAAUUGAAAUGUAUUCAAAAUAUUAUUAUAAGUCAAAAAAAGAUUGUCAAGCUAAUCUGG